UGAUGAACAUUGCAUGCCGUCGCAGUUUUCCAAGCAGGUUGUCGGCGCUGCUGUAAUGUGCUGCACCUGCGCAUCCAGGCUACGUCUUGGCAUCACACUUGCAAGCCAUCUUAAGUUAACUUCUGUCGUUUUACUUUGUCUAACCCGGGCACGCCGGCGGGGCCAUGGGUCCGCGGUGGGAGGGUGACAGCUGCAGUGUGUCGUUUACGGUGCACAUCCGGCUAGAUCGAUCCAGUCGGAACCGGUUGCUUCUUGCUGGCGUCCGCCGUGCAGCGCUGCGCCGCUCAGGGAGUCUGAGGAUCCUGGCCACUAGCAGAUGCCGUAUCUGAGCAAAGGGCGAGUCAGCCUAAGCGCUCUGGAUGGUCUUUGGGCCGGUGCCAGCUAUCCUGCUAGCUGUAACCAGGACAUUCACGUUGAUGGGACUCAUCCGACAGCUCCUGGCCGUUUUGAGAUAGAGGGGCCCUCUGAUUGGCCAAUCUCAUAAAGCCCUCCCACACCCCUCUGCGGCUCCUCUCAUUGGACAGCAGCGGUUCCAGACUGCACUCGCCUCGUGUCCUGGCUUAACGCAGUGGCCUUGGUGGGCCGCUGUCGCUUUUCUGCUCCAGCUACCAGCAGACCUUAAACUGCCACUGCUGAGGCCUGACCCCAUCCCGCUCCCUGGCACGCAAGCAUGGCCUGUAGCCUCUUCAGCCGCCACCUAACACGGCCCCUGUGCCAGAGCCUGCGUCUGUCUGGCCCGGGGUACCGGCACGUGAGCAAGACUGCAGCCAAGACUCUGGAUGAGUCUGAAUAUGACGGCCCUUCCAUGAAAAGCGAGGUGCCCGGACCCAGGUCCAAGGAGCUGAUGAGGCAGUUGGGGGAGAUUCAGAAUGUGGGCGCCGUCCACUUCUUCUGCAACUAUGAGGAGAGCAGGGGUAACUAUCUGGUGGAUGUGGACGGCAACCGCAUGCUGGACCUGUACACCCAGAUCUCCUCCAUCCCCAUCGGAUACAACCAUCCAGCCCUCAUGAAGGUCAUGAGUAGCCCCCACAACCUGAGCGCGUUUGUGAACCGGCCAGCCCUUGGGAUCCUACCACCGGAGAACUUUCCCGAUAGGCUGAGCGAGACCCUGCUUUCGGUGGCCCCCAGGGGUAUGAGACAUGUGCAGACCAUGUCCUGUGGCUCCUGCUCCAAUGAGAACGCCUUCAAGACCAUAUUUAUCUGGCACAGGAACAAGGAGCGGGGACACAAAACACCGACACAGGAGGAGAUGACCUCAUGCAUGGUCAACCAGGGCCCAGGCUGCCCUGACCUCAGCAUCCUGUCCUUCAUGGGCGGUUUCCACGGAAGGACUAUGGGCUGCCUGGCCACCACGCACUCCAAGGCCAUCCACAAGCUGGAUGUGCCCUCCUUUGACUGGCCCAUCGCCCCCUUCCCUAAGCUGCGGUACCCGCUGGAGGAGUUUGUGCGGGAGAACGGCCAGGAGGAGGCGCGCUGCCUGGAGGAGGUGGAGGACCUCAUCGUGAAGUGGAGGCAGAAGGGCAAGACCGUGGCGGGGAUCGUGGUCGAGCCAAUCCAGGCUGAGGGGGGAGAUAACCACGCCUCUUCAGACUUCUUCAAGAAGCUGAGGAAUAUUGCACGCAAGCAUGGCUGCGCUUUCCAAGUGGAUGAGGUCCAGACCGGGUGCGGUCCUACCGGAAAGUUCUGGGCACAUGAGCACUGGGAUCUGGACGACCCCGUGGACGUCGUCUCCUUCAGCAAGAAAAUGCUGACUGGGGGCUUUUUCUUCCGAGACGAGCUCAUGCCUGAUAAGCCGUACCGUAUCUUCAACACCUGGAUGGGAGACCCUUCCAAGAACGUCUUCUUAUCCGCGGUGCUGAACGUGAUCAAGACGGAGCGGCUGCUGGAUGAGGUCUCGCGCUCGGGGGCGACCCUGCUGCGCGGCCUCAUCGAGCUCCAGACCCAGUACCCCCACCUCCUCAAUGCUGCCAGAGGCCUGGGCACCUUCUGUGCCAUCGAUGCCCGAGAUGACAAAACGCGAGACGGCCUCAUCCAGAAGGUCAGGGACAAAGGGGUCAUCUUGGGCGGAUGUGGUGACAAGUCCAUCCGAUUCCGGCCCGCUCUGAUCUUCAAGGAGUACCAUGUGCACCUCUUCCUCAACAUCUUCAACGACGUGCUGGCUGAGCACAAAUAGGCUAGUGGCGGGGGGGGGGGGGGGGGCGGGGCUAGCCGUCUCCGGAGAAUCGGUGUCAAACCAAUCGGAGGAGUAAUCCAUAGUGAUAUAAUGUGAAUGAGCCAAUCACACACAUUCUUUAACAAGCUCCACCCAGAUUCUUUUUCUUUCAGGAACCAUGUAUAGAUAUUAAGAAUUGCACAAAAGCAGUACUUAAACCCUCAUGGGCAAGAGCACAAUUUCUCUCUUAGAUGGCUAUUUCAUGUCUCAUGCAAUGAAUUAUUUUCCAAAAUGAUCAUAUCUGCUGGCAGUAGUGUUACGGGAAUAAUCAUCCAGUCCGGCCGAGUCGGGUCUGUAUUUGCAGAGGUGGGAGUACAGGUGGGAGUACAGUCAGAGUAUGUGGAAGUUACAAGAGCAUUUCAGACGCUAACUUUGUGAAAGUUAAUCUAGCAGUACUCCAGGUCUCCACUAGGUGGGGCGGAGGCUGGCAUCUGUUUCCAGACGCCGUAAAGCAUUGUGUGCGUCGCAUUGUCUGCUUUUUAAACUGACCGACGUAACGAGACGUUAAUGAUGCCCGUUAUUCAUCCUUCGAGUGACGUGACGCCAAAAGGACUUGUAAUUAAUUUUUAAGCAUCAGUAGGACACGAGGGCGUAGAGGAUGGAUGGUGUGGUGGAUGUAGGCGGUGAAAUGAGACCUUGCUGAACCGUUUCCUUAAACUUUUAUGAAGUGGCUGCCCAGUAGCCAGUUUCGAGUCUUGGUGCCCUGUAUAAAUGUACAACCUUUGAACACAGAAACCUGGGCAUUUAGCUCGUAGCACUAGAUACAAGCAGAACUGAUGUACUACUUAAUUCUAUCAAACAGCAAUGCUUAUGAUGACACGCACAUUCCUUACUCAUUCCUUAAGUAAAUGGUCUUAUCUUUACAGUAGUUUAGAGAAACACUAGCCACACUUUUGCCCUGUUUUUAAAAAUAUUAUAUAUAAAGUUGAAUUUUAAAGUGGCAGGCGUUUGUGCUCCUAGAAGGUAAACAGCUUGAAAGUACCACAUUUUUAUUAUUUAUAUUGGCGUGAGGAACAGAGUCAGUGAGAGGAGGAUAAAUGGCUCAAUGAAGGAACCCGGAGAUGUUUGUGUUGGGAGAAGCCAGGGUCCAUUCGCGCUCCUCUGCAUUCACAUGGGCAUGAGUGCCAUUUCCCCCAGUGUGGCUCCUUCUCUUAGUGUCACCUGCAACAUGCCCGAAUUCUAGGUCUUUCCGAGUCGGCUGCCGCUUCAUUAGGCUCUCGGCAUGGCCGCCCGCCGAUUCCCCGCUGAAGUGAGCCCAGCGCCGCCCGCUAUGCCCGACCCAGGUGCUAAACUUCCAGGAAGAGUGAGACCCAGGGCGUCUCCAUGCUCAGAACGCACCUCGCCUCUGAGAGUCACCGUUUUACAUCAUGUCGAUCGCACUUUACCUUGCUGCAGUGCGCCGGUCUUCACCUUCGGUUUUUUGGCAGUGUCUGCCUCGUUUAGUUGGUUGUACAAAUUCAGAGGAAUCUGCUCUGAUCAAGAAACUGGAGUUCAGACAUUGUUGUUCCAUUGUGAGCCUAAACACAGAUGUGUAACAUUUUACAGUGCAUACAGAACAACUGGGCACUUCUAGGUCCAUUUUAGUCCCAGUUAUGGGGCAGUGAGCUCAGUCUCAGUCCCAACUGAAAGUAACUUGUGGAACCGUGUCAAUAACGACUUAUUUUUGUGAUGCAGCCAAACCCGUUUUAAGCGUUUAAUGGUCUCGUGUUUAAAACGUUUUCAAUGUUAAACAUUUUUAGUCGUGACCACAUGCUGAAGCUGCGGUCAUUUUAAAAUCUCUCUCUCUGUACUAGGGCUGUAAUUUUUAUUUCCAGGAAUUAAAAGCAUUAGAUGUUUCAAGUAAGUCUACUGUAAAAGGAUGUUUGCAAUUUAACACGAGAAACACUUUGUUAUAUGGUAAUGUAAGAAUUGCUAGUUUAGGUGUAAUUACAAGUUUGGUCUAACUGUUGUCUAACGAUUAUGUAUUCUAAAAUGAAACCUUAUGACCUUUUGAUUAAUUUUUGUCACCAUCGGUGUGAAUAUCUGUAAAUAACAUUUACAUUAAUUUGUUUAAAAUUUGUAUUUUUUUUUUUUUUUUAAAGAAUGUUUUGAGUCUUAACAUUAAAUCUAUGGUGGGGAAAAAAAGGCUGAUAAUCUUUGCUGCCUGAGACCACUGAAGAUGUUCAGCUUUAAUAUCCUUAUUAAACCUAUCACAGGUUCUUAUUAGAAGUGGUUUUUAUUAAGGAUAUAAGUCUGGGGGGAAAAAAAUGUAAUCCACAAAUUGGCACCUUGACAACCAGACUCAAGGGAGAAGUGCUCUCGCGGAGACGAGAUAAACCGAGCUGACUCCCCCGACGCUGAAGGGAGACUUGCGUGUGUGCUGAGGACGUCGCUUGGCCAGUCAUGGGAAGAUGGUGUUGAUAAUGCAAACUACUUAGCAGGAACCACAUGUAGCCCUAAUGCGAGUCGCAGUACGUGGAACGCUCUCCACACUGCAAUUUCAUAACUGGUCUAAAUCUACAGCUAUAGUUAUUCAUGCUGUCAUAGCUGUAUGCAGUCUGUUUCAUUAGUUCAUUUUAGUUGAUUUUUGCUAGCGAUCACUGGAAAUUUGGCACGCAAAUCCAAGACUGCACUGUGCCUUGCGAAGGCUUUAUGUAACACUUGCAUGAAAGAUUCCACACGAGAAGUAAACGUGCAUGUUGGCUGUGCUGUGGUUAAAGCACAUGUCGAGAGAUCAGCUUCGUGAAGUUUGUGGUUUGAUACACUAAUGACCCAUGUCUCUUAAGCAACACCUGCGUUCAUCUCGUCCCCGUGACACUUGUCCCCCGAGGGCUGUUGCCAUGGUGCUGUAAUUAGGGAUCUUUAUUGUAACGUCACUUUGCCUUGAGAAGGUGGGGAGAUAUUUUCGAUGGCAGCUGGCUUAUGAGGGUGAUAAUUAAAAACACUCACAUUGAAUCAUCAUUAAACCUCCAUAUUCUUUAACACAAUACUCUGCCUACAGGAGUAACAACACGCUGAAAUAUCAUGCUGUCAUCGGUCAAGGUUGAGCAAUCAGCAUAACUCCCCCCCCCCCCCAA